AUGGCUAUCGAAAUACGCCCCGUCCAGGCCAGCGAUGAGCCCGCAUGGCGUGGCCUCUGGGAGCAAUACAAUCAGUUCUACAAACGCACUGUAGCGGACGACAUUACUCACACGACCUUCACACGCUUCCUCGACGACAAUGUUCGCAUAUACGGCGCGGUCGCUGUCGAGGCCACCCAGCCUGAGAAGAUAGUCGGCUUCGUGAACUGGUAUCCGCAUCCGUCGACAUCCAGCAUUGGUGAGGUGGUGUAUCUACAUGACUUGUUCGUUGACCCGGAGGUCAGAAACAAAGGGACUGGCAGGCGGCUGAUUGAGCACGUCUACGAGCAUGCAAAGGCUCUGGGAGCGGAGAGCGUGUAUUGGCAUACUCAGUACUUCAAUCACCGGGCACAAUUGUUGUACACGAAGGCAGAAUUCAACACCUCUGUUACUCAAUUGUCCUUGGAGCAUACGAACCUCUCUCACACGUUAUCUUCUGUCAUAUUCGGCUUUGCGCUGGCAGACCUCCAUAGCUCUAUAGAUUUGGAAGCUUACGCAGAUCUUGAUGCAAGUGUGAUCAAGUCUGAGGAGCAAUCGCUCAGCAUUGGGUCUGUGCUAGUCGACAGCUGCUCGACUCUACUCGCUAAACAGUCUUUCUUGUCUACUGCUUUGCACGGCGUCGAUAUGGAAGCCCAACCUGACAUCAACUCCGCCACGUCUGACAACGUUCACGGCGUCUCUGGCCCACGUGAUCAGGUCAAGAAAGGUACGAAUACAGAUGGAGGACCAUCGAGCGAAGAGCCCAGCGGGGAGAUAGUCGACGGAAAAUUGUUCGCCGACAUCAUAAUCAAUCAACAACUGGUCAAGAACCUCAAGGGUUGGGGCAAGGGUUAUGCUACACCUGUUCAGAUUGCUGCCAUCGAGGAUCUUGCCGCAUAUGGCUAUGUACGAAGCGCUGUCUGCGUUGACAUAUAUGGUAAACUUAACAGCGUCCUCCAACCAGAACUGCGCGAAACGUCGACAGGUACCUGCACAGCUGCGGAUUUCGUAAUCCCCGCCGUCAUCGAUCUUCUUGGUUCCAAGACCCAGCCUGCCACCACCCAAACCUCGACAGGGGCUUUCGACACGUCCGAGCUCAGUGCAGCCCUCACAGACCCGACGAACAAUCUCAGUACAAAACUAGAAGAUCUGCCGGUGAAAGUUCUACUGGGUUGUGACGAGUAUGGAGGCACCGCCAGCACAAACUUCGCAGACAUCGCUUCUGGUCGUGGCCAUAUCCUGGUCACAACACCAGAUCGAAUGAAGAUGCUGAAUGGCACGCCCGUCUAUCCCGAAGCAAAUACUCAGGUGCUCCGAGCACUUCAGCGACGCCGAGCAGAGCCGACCAAACCAACGGAACGAGUCGAUCCUGUCGACAAUGUUCACAAGGGCGACCUGUUCAAACCGACGGAACCUGUCGAUCUUGUCGACGACGUUCACAAGGUCGACCUGUUCGCUACUGUCAAGUCUAUGGUAGUCGUCGACAACACAUUCUUUUCAGGCGACCCUGCAGAUCGUCACGCCGGCGAUAUCGCUGGCAUUCGCUCGCUUACUCGCUUCUUCUCUGAGCAUCUGACGGUCCAGCUGAUACGCUCUCUCCAUCUAGACCCCCUGGGUUGGAGGUCGGGUAACUCAUCAAAGCAAGGAUCAGUCGUUGCUCGAUUCUCGGACGCUGGACAUACUUCACCAUAUCCAAGUGAUCGAGAUGCCAUGUGUAUUGGUAGCAAGGGAGACUGGUACAAGCUCAUCGGCGGCUGCAAGUACACUGCCUCUGACCCUGUUCUUCCCAGUGUCAAAGAUACAGCGGCCACGUUACCAAUGCUCCACCUUGUCAAGAUCGGAUGGAAUGGUAUGGACGAGGACCCUUCUGCAUAUGAUCGGCCCGAUCGGGAUCCCAACAUGGACGAUAUGGGUAGUGUAGCCCGCGACAACAUCGACACAUCUAAGAAGACCGUUAUCAUUGUUGAGGAUCGGGAUGGCGCUGAUGAAGUCGAUCGCGGUCUCAACUGGCGCGGUGACGAAUGGCUGGCAGAGGCGGGCGCAACCAUGGUCUACAUCACCUCAGAUCGUUCAAAGCGUGUCCGUGACCGAAAUGAGGCAUCAUUGGCAUCAUUCAACGACCCAAGCAGUUCGUGCAAGGUCAUGGUCGUUACCGCAGAUCUUGCCAGCAAGAUGCGGUUUCAAGCGGACCGAGUCAUCAUCGCAGAUCUUCCCUCUAUCGUCGUUGAUGACCACGUCGAACCCGAAGACGAAAUGGACUACCGGCGCGUUCGGUUGAGGGAAUGCAGUGAGCAGCUCAUCAUGUGGAUCCAUCGCAUACACUGUAUCGGAAACGGCUGUGAUGCAGUCGUCCUUUUCCAUGAACGCUUCGAUCGAGGUAUCGCUCGUGUGUUCCGCGGCUACCUCGGCGCUGUCGGUCUGCCGCAUCCAGCGGACACAUACAACCACGUGGACUUCCUCAACAAGGCAUUUCCUGGGCCUCUGACGGAGGAGCAUUGGGGUUGA